AUGCUUAAUCAUUCGCUCUCUCCUCCAUUAUAAAGCUAAUCCUCUUAAAAUGCAUUAACGGUUCUACCGCCUUCUGCUAAUAUUUCAGCAAGAUAGAAAAUUCAUGUAUCAAAUUUACCUCUUAACAUUACUGCUCAUCAUUUGUAAUAAGCAUUUUAAACUUAUGGACAUAUUAUAGACAUUAGGAUAAUUAGGAAAACUCCAAAUGGUAAUGGUUUCAUCCUAUGAUAGGGCUUCCACUAAAUUUAUCUUGUUAUGCAUUUAUUGCAUUUGCUGAUAACGAAUCAGCUGAAAAAGCAAUAAAGGAUGGUGGUUUGGCUGAUUGGAGUGUCAAACCUUAAAUUGAUAAAUAAAUGGUUGUUAAAUAGAGAUCUCGUUCAAGAUCGAGGUCGUAAGAGAAACAUAGAUAAGUGAUUACAAGUGGUCAUAUUAUUCCAUUAGAACAAUCCCCAAAAAUAUAAAUCCAACUUUACGUAAGGGAAUUAUUUGUUAAUGGUAUAUCGAAGAACUACGAUGAACCACGAAUUAGAUAGGUAUUUCAAUGUGAAAAUUAUAGAUUUUUUCUUAAUUUGGUUCUAUAGAGAGGAUUGAUCUGUAUCCGAAUAAGCAUAAUAUAUUUAACAGUUAUAUAAAAUUUUUUACUGUAUAAACGUUUUUUUAUUUGAAUUUAGAUAGAAUAAGCUAUUUAUGCUUUUUAAAAUAUGGAUAGUAUAUAGUAAUAGUUUUCUACUCAAAUAAAAAUAUAUUUUUCCGAUCCUAUCAAAAGACAUAAUAUAGUUGGAAAUAAGUAAACACAAUUUUAUAGCCUUUUUAGUUUAUAAAAUGAAUCCUAAUCUAAACUUUCAUCAGUAUUAUUUAUAUUUUUUCCUCCGAAUUCAAAUAAAAAAGUCGAUCAUGCAUUUUUAUUAGAAGUAAUGUUUCAAAAAUCAUAUUUUGAAAGAUUUGUUAAAAUAAUAAAUGUCGCCCUCUCCUUUGGAAUUACUAUCAACAAGAUUCUAAUUAUAAGUCCUACACUCUCCUUUAAUUUAAAGAUACUCACCAAGCAAUUCAGAUGAGAACAUACCUGCAAUAAAAUGCCGCAAACCUUCUGGGAGAUCCAAAAUGUGAAGUGGGAAUAGUCUCAAUUCCUACACCUCAACAAUUUUAACCUCAACUGCCCCUAAUGAUACAAUAGUAGUAAUUUACAAAUAACAUUAUGAUGCCCCAACAAAUUCCACCCCAAAAACAUCAGAUGCCCUAUUAAAUCCCAGCUUAUCCAAUGCAAUAAUAGCCAAUCAUGUACUAAUAGAUGCAUCAUCAUCAUCAUCAUCAUCAAAUAUAAAGCAAUGAUUAGAGGAUGGAACAAUAGCAAUUUAUGGAUCCAACAAAAUUCUUUUUUCAUUAGCCUCAAACUUAAAUUGAGCCUAAAACUAGAUCCAACAACGCUUAAUAAGAUUCAACUUAAUAAAACGGGAAUUAGGAGAUUCUAGAUGGAUUUUUGAACUUUUCUUAAAGUUAAUAAAGAUAAGACUUAAACGUUUUUUGGAGUGGUUUUAUGUAUAGAAGUAAGAGCCAUAGAGUGGGAGUGGAUGCCUAUUGUGUAGAAUCAGAUGUAACAUUUCUCUAAACUAAAUAGCCCCCUAUACAGAUGAGUCCGUAAAUACAAGUUAACUACAAGGGGAAUUUCUCUGAUGCUAAAAAAUGCGCUAAUGAUUCAUUUAAAUUCAUUUUAUGUCCUUCAGAUUAAACUUAGGUAUUCUAAAUAAAUCUACAUUAAUAGCACGGUGCAUUUUAAGAAUAUAUCGAUUACUUUCUAGAUAAAAAGAAGAUCGGGGUGGCUUAAUUAGGAAAUGGGGUGUUAUAUCUGUUGCCGCCAUGUGAAAUUGCUAAUUCUAUUAUGAGUAUUACUGGGUUGGAACUGUUAGCAAUAUUUUCUGAAGAAAAAAAGAAAUCUUUAAAUUAUAGCGUAGAUUAUCAAUGA